CAAUCAUUGUAUUAAACACUGUUUAAAUAGCCAUGGUUUAAAAAGGGUAACAUGUUUGUGUUAGUCUUGUGCUCCCCUAAGAGCAUCAUAACUUCAUCAUCAGAAUCUUCUCUCUCUCCCUCUCUCUCUCUCUCUCUCUCUCUCUCCUUCUCUAAUUCUCUCUGUCAAUCUUUCUCCGGCCAGCAUAGCCGCCCGCUCUGGCAUAGCUGAUCGGUUGAUAUCUCGUUUGACGACAAAGACGGAGAAAUUAGAAAGUGAAUAAUAAAAGAGAUGGGAAGGGCUCCAUGUUGUUCCAAGGUUGGGUUGCAUAGAGGUCCAUGGACUGCUAGAGAGGAUGCAUUGCUCACCAAGUAUAUUCAGCUUCAUGGUGAAGGCAAUUGGAGAUCUUUGCCUAAAAAAGCUGGUCUACUAAGAUGUGGAAAGAGUUGCAGGCUAAGAUGGAUGAACUAUCUAAGACCUGAUAUCAAGAGAGGGAACAUCUCCCCUGAUGAGGAUGACCUAAUUAUCAAAAUGCAUGCUCUUCUUGGCAACCGAUGGUCUCUUAUCGCAGGAAGACUACCGGGUCGAACUGAUAACGAGAUUAAGAACUAUUGGAACACCCAUCUCAGCAAAAGACUCUUAAGCCAAGGAACCGACCCGAAUACCCACAAAAAAAUAUCAGAUCCUCACCUAAAAGAACCAAAGAAGAGAAGGAGCAACAGCAAAAAGCAAAAAAACAAGUCCAAAUCCAAUGUUGUAGUGAUUGAAAAGCUCAAAGUUCAUAACCCAAAGCCCACUAGGAUCAAGUCCUUGAGUUCCUUCUCAAUGUCAAGGAAUGGUAGUUUUGGUUGGACAAUUAGUGGCGGUUCUUCAUCAAGUCAUGAGGGAGACCACAGAGGAUCAUUACUUGUUGGUACAGAAGUCGUGCAUGUUCCACGGUCUGAUUUCAAAGAUGAUGCGGAUCAUGAAAAUAGGGUUGGCUUUCUUGUUGGUGAUGAUCAUCAAGAUCGCGAUCUAGUCAACGGUUCGGCCCUCGAAUGCCAUUCUCAAUUGUUGCCAAUGUCUGAUCACACUCUACAGAAGCUCUAUGAGGAGUACCUACAACUUCUCAAGGCAGAAGAUGAUGUCAAAGUUCAGUUGGAUUCCUUUGCUGAAUCUUUGCUGAUAUGAACAUAGUUCUAAAUCACCGUAUCAGGUAACGUAAUGGUAUCGAUCGCGGAGUAUCAGUAUCGAUAGUAUCGAUCGGUACGUAUUGCGUAUCAGGCGUCGCGACUGUAAAAUUUCAAAAAUCAUUAGCAAUUCAUCUAAAACUCAAUUUUAUGAAUUUUUUGGGGCUCUUUUAGCCUUAAUUUAUCACAUUUUAAUCAAAGUUUUGAUAUAUAAAGGCACUUUUGACUCAUUUUCAACUAAAUGAUAUGUAUUUAUUUUAGUCUCAAGCUUUUAUUUGGUACUAAUACAAUACUAACCUCCACCUCUCAUCAUAAUGUUAGAUAAUUUUUCAAACAAAAUGAUUAAAUGGGAAAAAUAUGAUUUAGAAUUUGGUACAUAAUGUUGGACUCUGCAAAGAAACUAAUCAACACAUGGGAGACUAAAAUAGAAAAAUAAAAUGGGACAUCAAAUAUAAAGGUGGAUGGGGGAUCUGCAGAGCUUUGCUUCAAUAUAUAUAAAUGCUCCAAAUAUAUAUAUAUAUAAAUAUUUAAACAAUCAUAAAUAUAUAUUAAAAUAUAUUCCAUUCCCAUCCCAUACCAUAAUAUAAAUAAAAAAAUAACCACAGGAAAAAAAAAAA